CCCCAGCGCCCCUGCCACUUCCAGCACCCCGCGACUUUAGGAUUGAUACUCUGUGUGUCUGUGUGUGUGAGAGGCAUCGUUCUCCUUCUCUUGCUUCCCGUUCACUCCCCCAGCGCCCCUGCGACUUUAGGGCGACUUUAGCAUGGAUCCACAUGGAUCCUCAGGAUUUUUGCAUUGGGCUACCCCAAACUCACCGUCAGAUCACAUGUCUGUGGCCACAGCAUGAACCACAAAAAUCAUACAUCCACUGUUUUGUUUAGAAUAUUUUUUUCUUGUUUUCCUCCUCUAAAAACUACGUGCGUGUUAUGGUCUGGUGCGUGUUAUAGAGCGAAAAAUACGGUAUUCUUCCCUCUCCAAUUCCUUCUUAAGUAACUCCAUGCAGAUUACUUUCUCUCAGGUUUUACUUCCUUCUUCCUCCUUCCUCCUUCCUCCUUCCUCCUUCCUUCUUCCUUCUUCCUUCUUCCUUCUUCCUUCUUCCUUCUCCAGUCAGUGUUGGACCUUCAUUUUGGACCUUUUGUGAUGAUGGCUGCAGGCAAGCAUAUACUCAUAAUGUUCCUUUUUUUAUUGCAACCAGCAGUCUUGCCAAACUACUUAUUUCUGCACUCUGCAGCAAAAUAUAUAUAUAUAUAUAUAUAUAUAUAUAUAUACACACAUACCAAAGUCCAACAUGAAUUAAAUUUACUGUUGUUUUUUUAAUUUGCUGUUUUGUAAUUGGAAAUAUUGCCUGAAUUAAGUGUCAUUUUGAUCUCAGGGUAAACUAUAAAUAUUUGUUGUAUUGCAGGUUUGAAUUCAGAAGGUACUGGCAUAUGUUGUCCUUCUUCUUCACCAUUCAGAAAAUCAAUCAGGAUUCUAGGAUUUUACCCAACAUCACACUGGGCUACAACAUCUAUGAGAACUAUUGUGAUAGUAGAAUCACUUCCGAUGUCAUGCUAGACCUGCUGGCUGGUGGGGAAAUCAAUAUUCCGAACUACAAUUGUGGAAGACGGAACAACCUGUUGGCAGUUCUUGAACAUGCUAAUUCUGACACCUUCAGCCAGAUUUCAACCAUGUUGGGCAUCUACAAAAUCCCACAGGUAUGAUGGAUUGGGAGAAAAUCUACUGUGUAUAAUUCUAGAGAUCCUUUGGUGACUUGCAACAUUUAUUUUGCCGAAGUUUAUGUUCCUUUUUGUAGCAAGACUUCCGUUUUUCCGAAGGAAACUUCACCUGUAACAACUCCCCUGAAUCUGUCUAUUACAUUGCCAUUAUUUUGCAAUUAACAACAUUUAAGAAUUGCCUGGAUUAGGCCAAUCUAAUUCAGCAUCCUAUUUUCACAGUUGCCAACCUGCUGUCCCAAUGGGAAGCUCACAAGCAGAACUUGACUGCAACAACACUCUCCAGACGUGACUCACCACAACUGAUAUUCAGUGCAUACUGUCUUGAACAGUGGAGGCAGAACAUUGCCUUUUAAAACCAUCCAAGUUAAAGUAUGCACUCUGUGAAGAAGUUCCUUCUUUGAUCUGUCCUGAAUCUUCCAAAAAUUAUAUGUGUCUCCUUUUCUUUGCCUCUUCUCCAAACUAAAAGGUCCCUUUCUUCAUAGAGGAGCUGCUCUCAAGCAGCCGUGGUAGCUCCAGGGGGCUGAGGUGUCCCCUCAAUAUCUUUUGGCAGGGUCCCCAGCCCCCACAAUGUUGAGGGGGAUUUCACACUGGCAAUCACUGUCAGAGACACGGCAGGGCAAGGUGUCUUGGCCCAGCGUGUCCCUUUGGGGGUCACCAGGGUGCCUUCCAGGAAGGAGUGCUGGCGAUCUCAAAAUGUGCUCAGGUGCCUCCAUGGACCUCGUGGAGGGGCAGGAGGUGAACGCACGGAGGUGGUCUCAGCCUUGUGGCGGCAGCUGCAAAUGAAAGUAAGGCAGCGGGUGCUGGGCGAUGGGUGGGGGAUGGCGGGUUGAGUUGGCCUGGCUGGAUUGGGAGGGGCGGCAUGCACAUUGUGAGCCACGCAUCUGACAUCAUGUAUGUGUGACGGGCCCCCCAAUGUUAGGUGCAACUCAACACCUGCGCACCCCAUUGGGUAUACUUGCCUCUUUCUCUCUCCUAUAUAUAUGUAAGACUGUGCUGCUAAACAACCCUGGCCAAAGUGUAUUGAUGCUGAGCAUCUCUGUUCAUCACUUGCUUUGGAGUAAAGAUCACCAUUCAGUCCUAUGGGCGAAAGUAAAGCACUGUGUUGGGGAUGCUGGGCACAGCGGCUUGAGUAGACUGGCACUCACUGACAAGCACACCACAGAGUCCCCUUGGAGGUUGCUGAUACAUGUUAGUAACUCCAGAUUAACAAGUAUUUGAUCAUUGUCCUGGAAAGGUAUCAUCCAUCUUUUUCCCCUUCUUCACUAGGUCAGUUACGGCUUUCUUCUCGAUUAUAAAACUCAGUUCCCUUUUGUCUACCGGAUGGUCCCAAAAGAAGAGGCGCAGUGCUUGGGGAUUGUCCAGUUGCUCCUGCACUUCCAGUGGACAUGGGUUGGUCUCGUCGCUCCAGACACUGACAAUGGAGAGAGGUUCAUGAGCGCCUUGAAACCUCUGCUGACCCACAAUGGAAUUUGUGUUGCCAUUUCAAAGAGAGUCCUCAGGAUGAUGCCGUAUUACGAGUUACUCAAAAGAGAAUCCCGUGACGUGUGGAGACAAGUUAGCGUACUUGUUUACUAUGCAGACUCUCAACACGAAUUUGAUCUGAUUGCAAUUUGGCAAACCCUACUUGAAACAAUACACGCUGGGUCAAAGCUCUGGAUCACAACAACUUUUUGGGACAUCAACAUGUACUUGUUUGUUGAUUUCCGUUACCUCUGGGGUUCCUUGUCCUUUGUAAUGAAGACCCCCAUAAGGAUGAAAUAUGACUACUAUAAUCCGUUCUCGCCUGUUCUUGAACGAUUUUGGAAAAGAGCAUUUCAUUGUUCAUAUUCAAAGCGUGUGUUGUCUGUGAAAGGCUGGACAAGAUGCACAGAGGGAGAAAAGCUGGAGAGUUUGCAGCAGGAGGAGUUUGAGAGAGUUUUCUCCCAGGACAGCUACAGCACGUACAACAGUGUCCAAGCAGUGGUUCGGGCCUUGAACAUGGCUCAUUCAUCGAGAUCCAGACAGAUCUUGAGGGUGGGUAGAGGACGUGGGCUGGAACAUCAGAGGCUGCACCCUUGGCAGGUAUUUCUCUUCAGUAGUGCCCCAAAUCUAUCACUUUGAGUAGCCAAUCUCAUUUUGCCUAACAGUGGAAUAUGCUCUCUUUCAAAAAUGAAACGAACAUAGAACUGAGCUUACACCCGUAAUGAUAAUGAGUAGCCAGCCUUAAAAUGCUGAAGAGAAGGAAGUUACUAAGCUGUGACAGCAGAAAACAGCAGCAACCAUGAUCAGCCACUAUGGCUGCAGUACUAUAUGCACUUACAUGGGAGUAAGCUCAUUGAAUUCAGUGAGGGGUUACUUCUAAUAGAAAUAUGUAGGAGUCCAGAUGAGUUGUGCGCUGGUCCCAAUAUGAAGCACCCUGCUGUGAGUGCUGAAGGCCGCUCCCUACAAGACUUUUUUCCACCUGGCCUAGAGAGUGGGGACUAGGCUCACCUGCUCUGCUUUAGACUCCUGGGAGUAACCAACCAACCAAACAAACAAACCCCUGUGUUGCAAAGAGAACGCCAGUAAUGUCUAGGCAACAUGAUGACCAUGUACAUACGUAAUAGACAAUCUUUAUAGAAUUCCUUCAAACCAUAACAAGUACAAAAUGAAAUCUUUCGUCUCAAAGUCUCUGCAAAUCUUUAAAUGAAGCGAGUAAAUUUUACAGACAAUGACUUGCAUGACAUAUCACUUUACAAAAAAUAUAAACUAUAAUACAAACAGUAAUGAAAAAGAGUACAUACCCCAUCUUAUUUUGAAUGAAUGUCUAUAAAUGAAAAUAUCAAAUGCUGUGGAACAGUGCUCAUGUAAUAAUGUAGUCACUGCUACUAACAAUAUUUUUGGAAUAUUGCCCUGCUGCAAGUCCUGAAGAAGCCCAGACUCACUGAAACAAACUCUGGGGUUGGGGCAAAUGUCGAAAAUGCUUUUCAAUGUUUUAAAAUGGUUUUUAACCUGUGGCAUUUUAAGUUUUUGUUGUUGUUUUUGCUCUGUUGGGGUAGAAUAAACGUUUAGACGGGGCUGGGUAUUCGUUUAAUUUUAGUAUAACUGUAAAAAUAAUAUUUUUAGCAGGGGCAAUUAGAGUAAGAUCCAUUAUGUGAUUAACUUUCUAAAAUUCCUCAGGUUUUCCUUUUUCUUUUAAUCUAAAUAAAGCCUAUUGGCUCAUAUGUUUUAUCCAUGGCUAAAGCUAACUAUUUAGCUCGAUUUCCAGUAUAUUUUACUUUAUUGCUAUGGCUAGUGUCUAAUGCAAAUAAAGUUUCUAGCUAGCUAGCUAACCAUGGCUAGUAGCUAUCGAUAGCAUUGUUCUCUGUGAAUUUGUCUUACCUACCACACAUGUUGCUCUUUCUCCUGUCCUUUCAGCUUCACCCUUUCUUAAGAGAAGUCCAGAUGACUAAUACCUCCAUCGAGGGGCAAUGUUUGGAUGAGAGUCGGGAGCUGCCAGCCAGCUUUGACAUCAUCAAUUGGGUGCAGUUUCCCAAUAAGUCUCGUGGCAGAGUGAAGAUUGGAAGUAUGGAGGGAUGCACAUCCUCAAACCUGAAGUUCACCAUUAACCCAGAUGCUAUUUCAUGGCGCGAGAGGUUUAAGAAGGUUGGGGAGAUGUGUAUCAUUUUAUUGUCUGUGACAUGUGUCAAGCUCAAGUAAUUUGAGCAUGCUGGGAUGCAAUGUAAACACAUACAGCAGGGAUGAGGAACCAGAUGUUGUAGGACUCAAACGCUCAUCAGCCCCUGCCAGUACAGUCUGUCAGGAGUUCAGCUUACACUCGAGUAGGACUCUGGCAGAGACACAUGCCCGACUGGCAUGUUCUCUCCCUCCUGGUCAAUCGUUCGGGAGCUCCAUAAGCUUUCUUCAGUCCGAACAUCACAGCGACUGAUGCCAACCGACACCGACACACUUAGGGAUCCGCAGAGUUUGCGCAUUUCACAUGACAGACCCCAGCAACUCAGCAUGUUGUCUAAUCUACUUUAUUUACAUAUAAACACACACGGAGCACUGCAACAUGGCUCCCUCUGUCUCUAGCAUCAGACAGCAAAGAGAAAAAGAACAAAAGUCAAUAGUCCCACUUCACGGAACACAGUAACACAAACAUCCUGUCACUUCCCACUCUGUGGUGUCAAAACAUAUCACGUCAUGUGAAAAACAAGAAUCCCAUGACUGCAAUCAGAGAUCAGGAAUUCUAACACAGUCAUGGCCUGGGAUAAUGGGAGCUGUAGCCCAACAAGAUCUAAAUAGUCGCAGGUUCUCCAUCCCUGAUCUACAGGGCUGCACUGUACAAAGGAACCUUCCCAUAUCAGCAGCAGCCAGUGAGUGUUUAGCUCCCCCAACCUGCCCUGUUUGGGGGGAUUAAGGGCAGGUUCUGCCAUGGCUGGCCCAGAACAUUUGAAAGAGGCUGCCCAGCAAGGUUUUCACAGUGUCUGAAGCACAAAUCUUUGAAUGUAUACCACCAACUGCAAAUACUCCUAAUUCUUUUCCUGUGUUAUGUACUGAGUUGGAUAGGAUCCAAACUGCAGCAGUCUGAUUGGUCCUAGAACAAUAGGAUCCAAAAUGCAGCAGUCUGAUUAGUCCUAGAACAAUAGGAUUCAGAAUGCAGCUGUCUGAUUCGUCCUAGAACAAUGCAGCAGUAUGAUUGGUUGGCAGGAACCACCCAAUCCUGCUCCAGAUAGAAGUGAAUCCACAACCUGAUUGGCUUACAGUAGAAUUCCGGAAUUAGCCAAUCAUGUGCAGCCCAUUGUGUAAAUAAUGUAUAUAAAGCAGAUACUGUGAGGGGACUUUCAUUCAUUCCUCCUCACCACUAUGAGCUGAAUAAAGAGCAUGAAAUCACUUUGCGACUCUGAAUAUAUUUCACUGGCGACGAAGGUGGGAUCCCGCUGAGCUGACUGCCACACACAGCACCGCAGCACCGCCACCUGCCGCACCGCUGCCUCGCACCGUGUAUCCAGGCUUCAGCUCCGGGACACAAGGAACUCAGAAUGGCAGCCAACAGCAGCUUCUCGCCAUUCAACCCAGCAUCUGGAGACUGGGAAGCGUACGCCUCCCGUUUCACCUUCCUCCUAGAAGCCAAAGGGGUCACUGACGAAGAAGACGCCAAGAAGAGGGCGAUAUUCUUCAGCGUCUGCGGAGAGGAGACGUUUGAAAUCGCCCGGGCUCUCCUUGCGCCUGACGUCGCUACUGUUCCAUACAAAACAAUACAAAACAAUAAUGGAACAGCUGAAGGGGCACUUUUCGCCGCAGCCCUCAGUGGUGGCUCGUCGAGGGCCCCUACAUUAGCUUACUGGGAUUGGCAUGGUUUGGACCACUGGGGCUAGCUGUCACCGGGGUGAACCACACUAGCUUACAAGUGGACGUGGACGCCAUAUGCAAGGAAUUUCCAGGGGUUUUCGAUGGGAAAUUGGGACAGUAUACGGGCCCCCCCAUUGCGCUACAGCUUGACCCCGCAGUACAACCGGUCAGGCUCAAGGCCCGCUGGGUCCCUUUUGCCUUGAAACCCCGUAUAGACGAGGAAUUGGACCGACUCGUGGAGCAAGGAGUGCUGGAGCCGGUGCCUAAUGCCCCCUGGGAAACCCCAAUCGUCACACCCGUCAAGCCUAAUGGUUCGGUCCGCAUCUGCGCAGACUACAAAUGUACCAUAAACAAGGCCCUCACGGCCCACGCAUACCCAGUGCCAGUGGUCAGCCAUGUCCUUGCCACCCUGGCUGGGUCGAAAUUUUUGGCAAGCUGGACUUGGCCCAAGCAUAUCAACAGCUGCCAGUAGAUGAGGCCACAGCAGAGGCACAGACGAUUGUGACGCACAGAGGAGCGUUCAGGGUAAAGCGGCUGCAAUUCGGUGUCAGCGUGGCACCAGGCAUAUUCCAGAAUCUAAUGGACUCUCUCCUUAAAGGGAUUCCUGGCAUCACCCCCUUCUUCGAUGAUGUGUUGAUUGCCGGGCCCACACCAGAGGAGUUUGAGGACCGCCUCCGCACCGUUCUGCACCGUUCCAGAUCCAUGCAAUCCAGCGGCAAAGUGGGGGGCCCAUACCUGCAGGGUUUGCAAUGCACCAUCUCCUUUGAAGCCCCAUCACACACGCUCUGCCCCCUAGGCCAGGUGGAAAGGGCCUUGCUCCCUGGAAGCUGGAUUCCUGUCCCGGCCCCUGCCCCAUGUGUAAGAGAAGCUGAAGCGCCUCUGCAUGGGAGACUGGGGGCUCCAGGUCGUGGAUUCCCAGGCCGCAACGCACACGUAGGCCGCCGGCAUACCUUGAGGACUAUGAAUGCGACCUCCCGGGCAGGACUGGAACUUAGAGGGGAGGGGUGUUAUGUACUGAGUUGGAUAGGAUCCAAACUGCAGCAGUCUGAUUGGUCCUAGAACAAUAGGAUCCAAAAUGCAGCAGUCUGAUUAGUCCUAGAACAACAGGAUUCAGAAUGCAGCUGUCUGAUUGGUCCUAGAACAAUGCAGCAGUAUGAUUGGUUGGCAGGAACCACCCAAUCCUGCUCCAGGUAGAAGUGAAUCCACAACCUGAUUGGCUUACAGUAGAAUUCCGGAAUUAGCCAAUCAUGUGCAGCCCAUUGUGUAAAUAAUGUAUAUAAAGCAGAUACUGUGAGGGGACUUUCAUUCAUUCCUCCUCACCACUAUGAGCUGAAUAAAGAGCAUGAAAUCACUUUGCGACUCUGAAUAUAUUUCAUCCUGUGACGCUCCAUCUCUUUCUGGACAGACCGUUCCUCGCUCCAGGUGCACCAAAAGCUGCCACGCUGGAUACGCCAAGGAGACUCAGGAAGGAAAGCCAGUUUGUUGCUAUGCUUGCACUCCGUGCGCAGAAGGGACCAUCUCGACUCAGGAAGGUAUUCCAUUUGUUUUGUUUGCAAAACACAAAAUGAACAAAAAACCCUGUAAGCCUGACGUUAAAGGGGGAGGGGGGAAAUACUGUGGCAGAGAAGAACAUAAAAUUGUGUUCAUAAAGCAAGUACAAAGUGGUAACAACAGUGAAUGGGAUGGCCUUUCCAGGGAGCCUCAGCUGCCACUAGCUGUGAUGUGAUUCCAGCAUCAGGCGAACAAAUCUUUAGCUGUUCAACCAGUCCAGCGCAUUGUCUGGUUUAACGACUUGCUCUCUAGAAUGCUGGUGCCCUUUGCUUGGUUCUGAGAUUCUUUUACAUUUAAAAAUUUAUUAUUUCAGUUUGUACAAUGCACUGGUAGUUUUAAUGAUGGCCAUGCUGUUAUCAAUGCUUCUCUCCAGUCUGCUGAAUGUUGAUGCUGUUGUACUGUACUUUGUUUGUCUGUGGUUUUCAUAUAUCCGUUCCCCGUCCCUGGGGGGGGGGGAGUGUUGCGGACCAGCAUCCGGGACCCCCAGUGACCCGGCUUGGGGAUGGAGGAUGCCGCCCACAUCAUGGGGAUUCCCAGCCACGUCACGCCCCUGGCCAUCCAAUCGCCAUGGCUGGGGGCAUGGCAGUAGGCCGUUUAAACUGUCGCGCAGCCAGGGGGUGGCCUCUUUUUGCCUCCUCGCCGGAUCUCGCCCAGCCCACCUGCCCUGUUUUUAUGCGUUGCUAUGACAGCGACCUUGCUAUGGACAUAUGUCGACUGCCAUAUUGAUGGGGCGGGGUAGGAAUUGUUUCACUUGGCAAAUUGGCACCAGCCAUUUGGUUUUCGCCUACCUUGUAGCAAUCGUCACAAUUUUGUAAGGUUAGGCAUUGGGUAGGCCUUUGUGAUGGGAGGGGAGGUUGUAGCCUCUGCCUGCCCCUCCUCGAUAAGGGUAUCCUGUUAAAAGGAUCCGAUUAGCCCAUUAACCUAAAUUAUUUAUGUCCAUGUGUGUUUAUCAUAUAAGGGAACUGUGGGGCCCGGGGUCUUGUCAUGAAUGAAGUUUUCUUCUUCCGGUUCUUCUGGAUGGGUGCCUUAAGAUAGUGGUGGACAGGAUGAGAGCCAAUAACCUGAGUUUGAAUCCUGGGAAGACAAAAGCUCUUGCCUGUUCCGGCUUUAUUUUGAAUUUGUUUACAUUUUUUGUGAAGGGUUUAAACCUCUGCUCUAUAUGUGGUUGGGGAACAGGUCAGUCUUUAAAGACAUGUUCUAGUCUUUAUCAUGCACAGUGAAUCCUCCACACUUUGGGGCUGCACUUUGGGGCAGAUAUGAAAAACGUAAAUCAAAUUUGUAGAAGGAAUCCUAUUGUGCAAUGUUCAGGGUACACCGGUUGAAAUGGGUGCAAGUAGGUCUAAAUUUAUGUCAGAUAUAGGCUUCUGUGUACAAAGCAUAUCCUCUACCAGUAGAUAUCUUCCUCUUGCUAUCGCUUCUGCUCCUUCCUGUUUUCUGACACAAAUACCAUCGAAUGUAAUACAGCAAAGAUAGUUGUGGAUGUAAGCUUGAUGUCAAUAACCCUGGAGUCGCUCUCCUUCUCAGAUGCAGGACAUUGCACUAAAGGUCCCGAAGAUCAGCAUCUAAACAAUGACAAAGAUCAAUGUGUUUCCAAGGUUAUUCCCUUCCUAGCCUAUAAAGAGCAUUUGGGAAUCCUCACGACAUCCUUUGGUGUUUUCUUAUCCUUAACCACUGCAACUCUCUCCUUCCCAACAACACAGUGUUCUUCCCUGAUCUCUCCCAUAUUGCAAGCAUUCCCCACAAUUGUGACAACAUUCAGACUGCUGUAGAUGUAUUAAUGCUAUAAGGAUAUUGAAGUCUCUUUCUCUAUGCAGAUGCCAAGGAAUGCAUCAAAUGUCCAGAAGAUCAGCAUCCAAACAAGGAGCGAGAUCAAUGUGUCCCCAAAAUAAUCACGUUCCUGUCCUAUGAAGAAUCUCUGGGGAGCCUCCUAACAUCCUUUGCCCUCUUCUUAUCCUUAACCACUGGCCUUGUGUUUGGAAUAUUCAUUAAAUACAAGGAAACUCCAAUAGUCAAAGCUAACAACCGGGAUCUCUCCUACACCCUCCUCAUCUCGCUCCUUCUCUCCUUUUGGUCCUCCUUCCUCUUCAUCGGCCAGCCAACAAAAAUGACCUGCCUUCUGCGACAAACAACCUUCAGCAUCAUUUUCUCAGUUGCCGUCUCCUCCAUCUUGGCAAAAACCAUUGCUGUGGUGCUGGCCUUCCUGGCCACAAAGCCAGGGAGUAGGGUGAGGAAAUGGUUGGGGAAGGGUUUAGCCAACUCCAUUGUCAUUUCCUGUUCCAGUGUACAAGUUCUUAUCUGCGCCACUUGGCUGGGGAUCUUUCCCCCAUCCCCAGACUCUGACAAGCACUCCCAGCCUGGAGAGAUUACCUUGCAAUGCAAUGAAGGGUCUGUUGCUAUGUUUUACACUGCCCUCAGCUACAUGGGCUUCCUGGCUGCCAUCUGCUUCACGGUGGCUUUCCUGGCCAGGAAGCUGCCUGGGGCCUUCAAUGAAGCCAAGCUGAUCACCUUCAGCAUGCUGGUCUUCUGCAGUGUUUGGGUGUCCUUUGUGCCCACCUACCUGAGCACCAAGGGGAAGUAUAUGGUGGCCGUUCAGGUCUUCUCCAUCUUGGCCUCCAGUGCUGGGCUUCUGGGCUGCAUCUUCAUUCCCAAGUGCUACAUUAUUAUAUUGAGGCCUGAUCUGAACAUGAAGGAGCACCUGAAGACAAAAGACUAAACAUUGCAUUUAAUUCUUAGCACUACAGAUAUUAAAUAAUUGGGAAUUUAAAAAGAAAAAACCUGGAUCCCAGGCUUAUUAUUUCCCAAAAGGCUCCAAAGGGAAUGACUUUUUAAAUAAUAAUAAUAAUAAUAAUAAUAAUAAUAAUAAUAAUGGUAUUAUAUAAGGAAAACGGAUACACAUAGUAGGACUGAAAAAUGACCAUUAGCAUUUUGUGUAGAUUCAUUCCAACCAAUGACUUCCAUGCCUCCUUUCUCUGACCAAAUCCUAACUGAUGCAUCCACAAUGAACGUUGAUUCUCCCCCCCCCCCCCCAAUACUGAUCAUUAAUGAUUCAGCUGACCAGACUAAGAUUUGCCUUAGGUGUACAGUUGAAAUCCUAGGUCAUGAAGAAAUGGGAAAUGGGCUUAGGUUUUGCACCACCAACAGAAUUUGGGGUGCAGAUGCUAAGGACCUUCUGGAAAUAUGCCCUGGAAUCAACGCUAACCAAAGGAAAUGUUUAACAGGUUGACAUCACAAAGUGUGCUUGGCAGAGGCAAUUUUAUAGUAUACAAGCAGGUGUUUUUAGGCAAAUAGGUUGUCUCCUCUUCAGAAAUAGCUGAAUCUGGGGAGAGGUCCAGUUUUCUGGAAGCAGCUUUGUGGUCUUGCUGUUUCAAUCAUAUCUGUUGCUGUUUAGAUUUCUUUUCUGUAUCAAGGACUCUGAUUCUUAUAAUAAAACCUCAUUUUCUAAUC